GCCAUUAUCCAAGUCAUUAAUGAAAAUGAUGAAUAGUACCAGACCGUGGACUGACUCUUGCAGGACCUCACUGGAUAUAUCCUCCCAGUUUGACAGCGAACCAUUGAUAACUACUCUUUGAGUAUGGUUUUUCUACCAGUUGUGUACUCCCUUCAUAGUAAUUUUAUCUAGAACUCAUUCCCUAGUUUGCUUACGAGAAUGUCACAUGGGACUGUCAAAAGCCUUACUAAAAUCGAGAUCUAUCCCACCUGCUACUUCUCCCCAACCACUUGUCCAGUAUCCAUGUUAAAGAAGGAAAUAAGGAAAACCGAGUGCACAGAACUUGGGGAGACAACAGGAGAACACACAUAAAGAUGCUGCUGAAAUGCGUCUGAGCCAUAGAUUGUGGUUUGUGCCACAGUUAAACAGGUGCUGUGUUAUCUGCAAACUACUUUGUCAAUGAGGGAAGAAACUGAUUGGGAAUUUAAAGCGCGAACUAGGUCAUAAUACUGUUCAACAUGCCCAAAGGGGUGCCGAAGGACCCAGAGAUAGCUGACCUGUUCUACAAAGAUGAUCCUGAGGAAAUAUUUGUGGGUUUACAUGAAAUUGGACAUGGAAGUUUCGGAGCAGUUUACUUUGCCACACAUUCCCACAGUAAUGAAGUGGUGGCAGUCAAGAAAAUGUCCUACAGUGGGAAGCAAACGAACGAGAAAUGGCAGGAUAUCAUCAAGGAAGUCAAGUUCCUGCAGCAGCUGAAGCACCCCAACACCAUAGAGUACAAGGGCUGUUACUUGAAAGAACACACUGCCUGGUUGGUGAUGGAAUACUGCCUAGGAUCGGCUUCUGAUUUGCUAGAAGUUCACAAGAAACCACUUCAGGAAGUGGAGAUUGCUGCCAUUACCCAUGGUGCCUUGCAGGGGCUGGCCUACCUGCAUUCUCAUGCUAAGAUUCAUAGGGAUAUUAAAGCUGGAAAUAUUCUCCUAACGGAACCAGGUCAGGUGAAACUAGCUGAUUUUGGGUCUGCGUCUAUAGUCUCUCCUGCCAACUCCUUUGUGGGGACACCUUACUGGAUGGCCCCAGAGGUGAUCUUGGCUAUGGACGAAGGACAGUAUGAUGGGAAGGUAGACGUUUGGUCUCUUGGGAUCACGUGCAUUGAGUUAGCUGAACGGAAGCCUCCCCUUUUCAACAUGAAUGCAAUGAGUGCCUUAUAUCACAUAGCCCAGAAUGACUCCCCUACGUUACAGUCAAAUGAAUGGACGGACUCCUUUAGGGGAUUUGUUGAUUACUGCUUGCAGAAAAUACCUCAGGAAAGGCCAUCGUCAGCAGACCUGUUGCGGCACGACUUUGUUCGCCGAGACCGGCCGCCCCGGGUCCUAAUUGACCUAAUACAAAGGACGAAAGAUGCUGUACGCGAGCUGGAUAACCUUCAGUACCGGAAAAUGAAGAAAAUCCUUUUCCAGGAGACGCGGAAUGGGCCACUGACGGAGUCUCUGGAGGAGGAGGAGGACGGUGAGCAUGGAUCAAACCUGAAUCGGAAGAUGGACAGUCUGGGCAGCAACCAUUCCAUCCCAAGUAUGUCUGUGAGCACAGGCAGUCAGAGCAGCAGCGUGAACAGCAUGCAGGAGGUCAUGGAUGAGAGCAGCCCUGAACUGGUCAUGAUGCAUAAUGAUGAGAGCACAAUUAAUUCCACAUCCUCUGUGGUGCACAAGAAGGAUCAUGUAUUUAUAAGGGAUGAGGUGGGCCACAGGGAUCACAGGCCUGAGCCGCGGCCUACCCAGUCAGUCCAGAAUCAGGCCCUCCACUACCGGAACCGAGAGCGCUUUGCCACAAUCAAAUCAGCAUCUUUGGUUACAAGACAGAUCCAUGAGCAUGAGCAGGAGAACGAGUUGCGGGAACAGAUGUCAGGUUAUAAGCGGAUGCGGCGCCAGCACCAGAAGCAGCUGAUCGCCCUGGAGAACAAGUUGAAGGCCGAGAUGGACGAGCACCGCCUCAAGCUGCAGAAGGAGGUGGAGACCCAUGCCAACAACUCGUCCAUUGAGCUGGAGAAGCUGGCCAAGAAGCAAGUGGCUAUCAUGGAGAAGGAGGCAAAGGCGACUGCAGCAGAUGAGAAGAAAUUCCAGCAACAGAUUUUGGCUCAGCAGAAGAAAGACCUGGCGACCUUUUUAGAAAGUCAGAAGAAGCAGUACAAGCUUUGCAAGGAAAAGAUUAAAGAGGAGAUGAAUGAGGACCACAGCACACCGAAAAAAGAGAAGCAAGAGCGAAUCUCCAAACACAAAGAGAAUCUGCAGCACACGCAGGCCGAAGAGGAGGCCCAUCUACUCAGCCACCAGAGGCUCUACUACGACAAAAACUGCCGCUUCUUCAGGCGAAAAACCAUGAUUAAGAGGCACGAGAUGGAGCAGCAGAACAUUCGGGAGGAACUAAACAAAAAGCGGACCCAGAAAGAAAUGGAGCACGCCAUGCUGAUCCGGCACGACGAGUCGACGCGCGAGCUGGAGUACAGGCAGCUGCAUACGCUGCAGAAGCUGCGGAUGGACCUGAUCCGUCUGCAGCACCAGACUGAGCUCGAGAACCAGCUGGAGUACAACAAGCGGAGGGAGAGAGAGCUGCACAGGAAACACUUCAUGGAGCUCCGGCAGCAGCCAAAAAACCUGAAGGCCAUGGAAAUGCAGAUCAAGAAGCAGUUCCAGGACACGUGCAAAGUGCAGACGAAGCAGUAUAAGGCGCUCAAGAAUCACCAGCUGGAAGUUACUCCAAAGAGCGAGCACAAAACAAUCCUGAAGAGUCUGAAAGAUGAGCAGACGAGGAAGCUCGCCAUCCUGGCAGAGCAGUACGAGCAGAGCAUCAAUGAGAUGAUGGCUUCACAAGCCCUACGGCUGGAUGAGGCUCAAGAAGCAGAAUGCCAAGCCCUGAGGCUGCAGCUCCAGCAGGAGAUGGAGCUGUUGAACGCAUACCAGAGCAAAAUCAAGAUGCAGACGGAAGCACAGCAUGAACGAGAGCUCCAGAAGCUGGAGCAGAGGGUGUCUCUGCGCAGGGCCCAUCUUGAACAAAAGAUUGAAGAGGAGCUGGCUGCCCUCCAGAAGGAACGCAGCGAGAGGAUAAAGUUUCUGUUGGAAAGGCAAGAGCGAGAGAUUGAAACGUUUGACAUGGAGAGUCUGCGACUGGGCUUUGGGAAUUCGGUCACAUUAGAUUAUCCCAAGGAGGACUAUAGAUGAGAUUAAAUUUCUUUUGCCAUUUUCAAAAAAGCAAACAAAAAAAAAUUACGAAAAACCAACAUUCCCCAUGUUAACGGGCGCGCUCUCUCUCUUUCUGUCUCUUACUGACAUUGUGUCGGACUAGUGCCUGUACGUUCUUACUGUCAGGGCCCCUUCCCCUGCGUCAAGUGCCAGUGCUGGACAGCUCCUGGCGGUCUCUUUUCGUAGUACGUCACAGUAUUGGUGUCUCUGUGCAAUGAUGACAAAUGUUUCAGUGAAAGCUUUGGAGACAGUUUUAACGAAUCAAACAAAAGUGGAUGUCUGUUGCUUUUGAGCAAUCACUCAUUUUACCACCAAUCAAUGAAAGUACAAGCAAAAAAAAAAAACCCCAACCCUAUAUAUGAAAACCCAGGGGGAGAGAGACGAAAUCCGCAGCCUUACCUUAACUAGCUGCUGCAUAAUUUUAUUUUAUUUUUAUUUUUUUUUGGUAUUUAUUCAUCAGGAAUAAAAAAAAUAAAAAAUUUAUUAAAGAU